AUGUGGACUGCCAGGAGAAACCAGACUGCCCGGGCUCGGGUGCCAAAUUAUACUCUCUGGCCCUUCUGGGUAGACACACAUGUGACACCUCCCUUCAAAAAGGACAAAAACGGGAAGGUUGUUGAUCAUCGGAAUAAAAAGGUUAAGCCUUAUAAAGAGGCAUCUGAGAUUUUACAGGAGCUUCAUGCUGAAGGCUAUGUCAUAGCUGUUGCGUCAAGGACUGGAGAAAUAAAUGGAGCUAAUCAGCUUCUGAACCUAUAUGACUGGGAUAAAUACAUUACCUAUAAGGAGAUAUACCCUGGCAGCAAAAUUAAUCAUUUUGAAAGAAUUAAAGCAAAAUCAAGGAUAGAGUUCAGCGACAUGCUCUUCUUUGAUGACGAAGCCAGGAACAAAAGGGAUUUGGAUACGAUUGGUGUGCUUAUGAUCUUGAUUGAAGAUGGUGUCACCAGGAAUGUGAUCAGAGAAGGACUAAAGGAGUUGCCCGACUGAGGCAGGAACCUAGUCUGAUUCAGCUAAUCAUAGCAGCAAUAUCUGAUGUAGUGUUUAUACUAAAAAUGCAUGAUUGAAUUUCAUUAUAUAUAUAAAGUUCUUUAUUGUAACAUAUGCUAAACCCCUUAUACUUUGAUACAAUUUGACACAUUUGCCCUUUAUGUGCACAUGAUUGGAACCUAUUGAAACGUGCCUCUACCUUGAUACAGUUUGAUGCACUCUAGCCAGCUAAUCGGAGCACAAUGUUUUUCAUAUGUAUUUCACACAGUCUCAAAUAAGGAUU